AUCACCAUCACCUUGGCCAUGAUUAUUAUGACCAUAACCAUUGCUUCACUUCCACCUUGCACCUGCAUAAUACACAGCGUUGCUUACUUCUUCUUCUUCAUUCAUUCUUAAGGUAACCUCAUCCUUCUGCGCCGACUUUGUUGUCAGCACGACCUCGAUUUGAUGGCCGAUUACGCCCCUCCCACGGGGCCUCCUCCCCCGCGCGUCCCAGAAGGUUGGAAAGCAGUCUUCAACGACCAGUACAAAGAAUGGUUCUACGUCAACCUCUACACCAAACAAUCAACAUGGGAGAAACCCACCGUUCCCGCUCUUCGUCCCGACGAAGACGCACCUCCCGGCGGUCCUCCUCCACUCUACUCGGGCCCAGGCGGCCACAAUGUUUCAGAUGCGAAGCGCCGCUCCUUCGAAUCCAACAAUCCAUACAAACAAGGAAACGAGACGGACGAAGAGCUGGCCCGCCGCCUGCAAGCCGAAGAAAACUCCAGACGGGACCGCGGUGAAGCUGAGGGCUACUAUCAAGGUGGUGGUGGUACUCCAAACCCAGCAGGUCUCCAGGGCGGCUAUCCGGGUGCACCCUCGUCUACAAGUCCCAGCGGGAGCGCUGGUAAGAACAGAGGCUUCUUCUCCAAGUUGAUGGGCAAGCAACACGGCGGCAGCGGUGGAGGAUAUCCCCAGCAAUCCGCUGGCUAUCAACAAGGAUACCCACCUCAAGGACCUGGCUACGGGGGCUACGGGGGCUACGGAGCUGGACCAGGAUAUGGUGGCGGAUACGGACCCCCAGCCGGCUAUGGCUACGGGCAACCACAGUACAUGCAGCAGGCACCCGCUAGGAGACAGGGUGGUGGUCUUGGUGCCGGUGGCGCUGCAGCUCUGGGUCUUGGUGGCGGUCUUCUAGGCGGUAUGAUGUUGGGAGAAGCCAUGGAUGGAGGUGACGGAGGUGGCGACUAUGGUGGUGAUGGUGGUGAUGGUGGUGGUGAUGGUGGCGGCGACGGCUAAAAUCACUGCGGUGCGCGCAUUCAUGAGACUGGUGUGGUGGUGAGUUGAAGCUCUUGAAGACAAUGGCGACGAAAUGGCACAGAGACGCAAUCCGGGAAGACUUAGCACCAACUUUUAUGGCCGUUGCUGUUCUGAGAAGGGGACGACCGAGGUCUUUCUCGUCAACAUUGUUUAUGAUUAUGGGUAGAAUGAAGAUACAUCAGACGUUCUCGUGAACAAUAUGCUCAAUCAUUGCUUUCGG